CAGUGCACAACGACACUAGAGAGAAAUAUUCAGGUACGCGAUGGAUCACCGAAUCUUUCUCUAGAAAUCUCUACUUUAAUUUCAUAAUUUUGUUUACGGGAUCUGAAAAUUAUCAUUUCGACAUUUUUUCUCAUUCGAUUUUGAAGCGAAAUUGGUCUCUAAAUUGGUGGUGAAAUUUUGUUAGGUUUUCGGAUCAAUGGAGCCUGCUGAACUAACCACAGAACAGGUUCUAAGGAGGGAUAUCCCUUGGGAGACAUACAUGACAACUAAGCUGAUAUCAGGAACGGGUCUUCAGCUGUUAAGACGAUAUGAUAAAAAAUCUGAAAGUUACAGGGCACAGUUGCUGGAUGAUGAUGGUCUAUCAUAUGUUCGGGUGUUUGUUAGCAUUUUGCGAGAUAUAUUUAAGGAGGAAACAGUAGAGUAUGUUCUGGCUUUGAUUGAUGAAAUGCUUACAGCAAAUCCAAAGAGAGCCAGAUUAUUCCAUGAUAACUCUCUUGCAGAUGAAGAUACUUAUGAACCUUUCUUAAGAUUGCUCUGGAAAGGCAACUGGUUCAUACAAGAAAAGAGCUGCAAAAUAUUGGCUUUGAUUGUAAGUGCUAGGCCAAAAUCACAAGAUGGUCCAGUCUCAAAUGGAGAAGCCUCAAAUUCAAAGAGAAAAUCAACAACCAUUGAUGAUGUUUUAAAAGGAUUGGUUGAAUGGCUUUGUGCACAGUUGAAGAAUCCUUCCCAUCCUGGUCGUGGCAUUCCGGUUGCUGUCAAUUGCCUUGCAGCAUUAUUGAAGGAACCUCUGGUGAGAUCUUCUUUUGUUCAAGCUGAUGGGGUGAAGUUGUUGACUCCAUUAAUUUCUCCUGCAUCAACCCAGCAAUCUAUCCAGCUUCUUUAUGAAACAUGUCUCUGUGUUUGGCUGUUAUCUUUCUAUGAGCCUGCAAUUGAGUACUUGGCAACUACAAGAACUCUGCCACGACUAAUUGAGGUUGUUAAGAGUUCCACAAAAGAGAAGGUUGUCAGGGUGGUUGUCUUGACCCUUAGGAACUUGCUCCCCAAAGGUACUUUUGCUGCCCAUAUGAUAGACCUUGGGCUACCUCAAAUUGUACAAAGUUUAAAAGCACAAGCCUGGAGUGAUGAGGAUUUAUUGGAGGCACUGAACCAACUGGAGGAAGGUUUGAAGGAUAACAUUAAGAGGUUGAGUUCUUUUGAUAAGUACAAGCAAGAAGUUCUCCUCGGUCAUCUUGAUUGGUCUCCCAUGCACAAAGAUCCUUUAUUCUGGCGUGAUAACAUUAAUAACUUUGAAGAGAAUGAUUUCCAGAUUCUAAGGGUCCUCAUAACGAUUUUGGAUACAUCCAGUGAUUCAAGAGCUCUCGCUGUUGCUUGCUUUGAUCUCUCACAGUUCAUCCAGCACCAUCCAGCUGGGCGGAUCAUAGUAACAGACCUCAAGGCCAAGGAACGGGUGAUGAAAUUGAUGAACCAUGAGAACGCAGAGGUUACCAAAAACUCUCUACUCUGCAUUCAAAGGCUUUUCCUAGGCGCCAAAUAUGCAAGCUUUUUGCAGGUUUAGUUCAAUCUCCAUGGAUUAAGAUGGUUUGUGGUUUGUAUCAUCUAUCAUGGAAAUAGUUGCAAGGAAUUGCUUCGAAUAUCGGCUCUUUAGGUGUUCAUUGUUCAUCUAUUAUUGUCGAGUAAUGAAUGUAUCAGGGCUCUUAUUUCCUGAGAAAGUUCAGCCAUGAAAAUGCUGUGAAGAAUUAAUUUAUUUAUUGUAUUGUGGAAAUUUAUUUUUGGACUUUGAGCUGCUGAAUAAAAUUUGUGUCUGUAUUUUUUGGGGUUGUAAUUAUGUGAGAUUUUCAGCUGAUAAAUAACGCUUUACCUUUCCAAUAAUGUUUUAGUUUUCAUGCAUAUAUGUUA